UUCAUACCAUUACUCUCCAUCCGCCACCGCCACUCUCCAUCCGCCGCUAAUUGAGAGGGAUUAUGACAACAGCAAACGGUUGACACUUUAAACAGAGCGGCCUCAUCUGAGGAUAAAAUUAAGAAAUAUUGAUUGGGUAAAGAGCGGGCCGCACUUCAUCUUCAGAUGGCAAAGAGAUUAGGCUGCAAACUCUUCGUUAACAAGUUAUCAUUUUUCACGACCCAUCAAGAUCUUAAAACUUUAUUUUCACCGUUCGGUGUUGUUAAAGAAGCCAAACUAAUCAGAGAUCCCAAAACUCAAAGGCCUAAAGGAUUUGGUUUUGUUACAUUUGAAACUGAGAAUGAGGCACAGAAGGCAUUGAAAGCCAUGAAUGGCAGGUUUGUGCGCGGAAGGUUGAUUUUUGUUGAAUCCGCAAACAGUCAAAAUUCAGAGAAUGAUAAUGAUAGCUAAAAAGAAUACUACUAUACAUCGUUCAAUAAUGCAAGGAUUUGUUUCACAGACUUUUCCUUUAGCCAGAGUUUGUAAGAUAAGAUCUUACCUUCAGUACCUUAGAGAACAAAAGUACUUGUAGAAUGUAACUACAGCAGUGAUGAGCAAAAGAAUAUUUUCAACAUGCAAUGAAAACAUUAUUAUUGUUAUUAUCA